GGAGCAGCUUCUUGCAAUUGGGCAGCCCGCGUCCGUCCUGACGCCGGAAGGCUGCCUGAUUGGUUCCCUCGAAGCUUCUGCGCUCGCCCAUUGCUCUUCCGCUAAGUGAGGACACCUCAAGCGACUGGAGCUGCUGGCUCAGGGGACCGGAUUGAGCAGGACCAGGUGCCAUGACAACCCUGGAUGAUAAGUUGCUGGGAGAGAAGCUGCAGUACUACUACAGCACCAGUGAGGAUGAGGACAGUGACCACGAAGAGAAAGGCAGAAGCAGGGGUGCUCCAGCCAGCAGUUCCAUGCCUGCAGAGGCUGAGCUGGCAGGCGAAGGCAUCUCAAUCAAUACAGGUCCAAAAGGUGUUAUCAAUGACUGGCGCCGUUUCAAGCAGUUGGAAACAGAGCAGAGGGAAGAGCAGUGCCGGGAGAUGGAGAGGCUGAUCAAGAAGUUGUCCAUGACCUGCAGGUCCCAUCUGGAUGAAGAGGAGGAGCAACAGAAGCAGAAGGACCUCCAGGAGAAGAUCAGUGGGAAGAUGACUUUGAAGGAGUUCGCUAUGAUGAAUGAGAACCAGGAUGAUGAAGAGUUUCUGCAGCAGUACCGGAAGCAGAGGAUGGAAGAGAUGCGGCAGCAGUUACAUAAAGGGCCCCAAUUCAAGCAAGUUUUUGAGAUCCCCAGUGGAGAAGGGUUUUUAGACAUGAUUGAUAAAGAGCAGAAAAGCAUUCUCAUCAUGGUCCAUAUUUAUGAGGAUGGCAUUCCAGGGACUGAAGCCAUGAAUGGCUGCAUGAUCUGCCUUGCCACAGAGUACCCGGCUGUCAAGUUCUGUCGUGUGAAGAGCUCAGUUAUUGGGGCUAGCAGUCGCUUUACCCGGAACGCCCUUCCUGCUCUACUCAUCUACAAAGGGGGCGAAUUGAUUGGCAAUUUUGUUCGUGUCACUGACCAGCUCGGGGAGGAUUUCUUUGCUGUGGACCUUGAAGCUUUUCUGCAGGAAUUUGGAUUACUCCCAGAAAAGGAAGUCUUGGUGCUGACAUCUGUGCGUAACUCUGCCACCUGUCAUAGUGAAGACAGUGAUCUGGAAAUAGAUUGAACCGAGAGUCUAGUUGCACAGAUUCCUCAUUGUUUGGGCUGGAGGACACAUGUCUGUAUUUAUUUUUGUUCCUUCCUGUGUCUUCUGGCUUUUCAGCUGUUCUUUGUAGUCUCUUUUAGUAUGUGGAAAAUCAAGACAUUCUUAGAUUAAAUCAGAAUGCUGAAUCACUUGGUGGCUAGCAGUAAAGUGACUUCAAAUGAUGUAAACAGGAAGCUAGGCUUUUGAACUGUUUACUUAAGAUUCUCUAGCCUGACAUCUCUGAUAUUGUUUCCAGUCAAUAUUUAUGUGGCAGCCUAAAGGCAGUGUCCUGAAGUUGUCUUCUGCUGACCUAAGAGGUCUCUGUCAGGUCUGAGGGUAGAAUUUCCUGGUGAGUGUGUUAUGUGCAGUGUAAAUAGUGAAUUUCCUUAAUCAAAUGAUUGCAAAUUAUGUUUACUUGUAAUCAGACUCAUCGCUCUUUCACAUUGUUUUUCCUCUAGACCCUAUUCUAUACCAGGGUCUGAUUUUUAAAGGCUCCAUGCAGAGUUGGGAAUAUAGCUCUGUGGUCAAACACUUAGCCUAGCAUGCACAGGGCCCUGAGUUUGAUCUCCAGCACUGUAACAAAAGUAAACAAGACAAAAGAUUCCAGAUGAUGUCUGCAUCAGGAGCAGUGGCCUCUGCAGCGGGAGUCAGAGUUUCUCCCAAGCCUAAUGAAUUCUGAACAGGAGAAGUGAUUUAUGCCAACUGCUGUCAUGAUGCUAGAAGACAAGCAUCCUGUUAAUACACUCUGGAGCGGGGUGAGCUGGGAAGCUUGUUGCUGUCUAUUCCUUUGUUAGUUGACAAGGUAACUUUUUGUUUAACCAGAUUUUUUUUUCCACAUAUCAGAAAAUCAGUAGAGGAAAACUGACCAAACUAUCAGAUGUCCAAAUGAUUUAAAAAUUAGAUUAUUCAUCAGGUGUGAUGGCACACGCCUUUAAUCCUAGCACUUGGGAGGCAGAGGCAGGUGGAUCUCUGAGUUCAAGGCCAGCCUGGUCUACAUAGUGAGUUCCAGGCCAGCUGGGGCUACAGGGAGACCCUGUCUCAAAAAGACUGGAAAAAAAAAAAAAAAAGAUAAUUCUGCCACUUAAACACUAUUAAUGUUUUGGUACAUUUAUUAUCAAGGUUUUUUUUAUGUAUUCAUAGACUUGUUUGUUUUUAAAUGGCAUUGGGAUCAUUCUGAACGUACUGUUUUAUAGUAUGGUCAGCUAAUAGCAUAUCUGAAUUUUUUAUACUACUAAAUACGCUUCUAUACAUUUUUAAUAGUCAUUGAUAGUACAUUGAUAGAUAUACUGUAAUCUGCUUGGUGGUUAUUUCUUAGAAAGAUAGCAGUUUUUUUUAUUAUGAAAGUAACAUGUUCAUUGUAGAACAUAUAAUAAAAAUUAAGCUAAAAUUUAAAAGCCAUAUAAUUUCACUAACAAUAUUUUCUGUCAAUAUUUUUAUAGCUCUUUCUAGCUUUUAUUUUGUAUGUGUAUUUAUAAAAAUAGCUGUCAUUCAAGUUUUUUUCCUUUUGUUUCUUCCUUACAGUCUAUGUUCUAGUAUCAGGGAAAAUGAAAUGUAAUCUGGAAUUAAGUAUUAGCUUUAAUAGUCAUAGUUUUGAUUUUCUUGGUUGUUCAGAAACUAGUUGUAGGAGCGUCUUGAAAGUACCUGUCUUACUUAGUCAACAGAAAGAGAGUGCAUGGUUUUUCUGACUAAAGAGCUUGUAGAAAGUAAAGAAAAUCAUUAGAAGCAGAGAUGACUUGUCAAUAUUCUAGUUCAUUUCUUUCCAGUGGAUUUUUCAAUUAAAUUUUUUUUCAAAAUUUA